AUGGCGCUAUGGGCAUACCGGACGUCACCCAGAAGCUCCAUUGGAGUUUCUCCAUACUCACUUGUUUAUGGUGGGGACGCAAAUCUUCCAGCAGAGAUCAAAAUCCCAUCAUCCAGGAUUGCAGCAGCAACCGGGGUCCACUGGAACGAGGCUGGAGCAUCUAACUCCAGAGUAGCUGAGUUAGACACUCUGGAUUUCAGAAAAAGCAAAGCAGAGGAACGUAUUCAGGUGUUUAGGAAUAGAAUUUCCAGUGCGUAUAACAAAACUGUGAAACCACGUGUUUUCAAAGUGGGAGAUUUGGUCUUGAAGACGUCCAAGCACAUCCAGCAAGACAUGUCUACACCAAAAUUCUCACCGAAAUGGGAAGGUCCUUAUACAAUCACUAAGGCUUAUAGUACCGGCUACUACAAGAUCAUCAAGGUGGACGGGGGAAAGAUUCCUCAUGUUACACCUGACGACACGGAAGGCAGGGGAACCCCGACUCUGGCAGAGCUAUCUCAAAUUCUGGAAGUCCACACCCAGGAACAUGGAUCUGAUGAAGAACACAAUAGAUCACAUACUGGAUUUUCUCAUCAAGAUGACAUCUGA